ACCACAAAAAGGAAAAAAAAAAGACGGAAAAACUGCGCCUCCAAGCUCCGACCUCUCUCCCCUCCUCCGCGCCCUAACCCUAGGCCCUCCGCGUCGCCGGCGAUGAGCGGCCUCCGAGCCAUCUCCACCCUACUCCACACCUGCGCCGCCGCCGCCGCGGGAGGCUCCAGUCGGCGGGUCGCUCUCGCGCCGCCGCUCGGUCGGAGCUUCCGCGUCCCGUGGAGGGCGCCCUCCGCGUUCGUCUUCGACGAGGUCGCGAGGGCCGCGGGGGGCGAGCGGAGGAGGGUGUCUACGCGCGCAGCGAGCUGGGAUUCGGAGAAAUCACCGUACGAGACGCUCGAGCUGGACAGGGAUGCAGAUGAGGAGACAAUAAAGACGGCAUACAGGCGAUUGGCCAAGUUCUAUCACCCUGAUGUUUAUGAUGGUAAGGGAACCCUUGAGGAAGGGGAAACUGCCGAAGCCCGCUUCAUCAAAAUCCAAGCAGCAUAUGAGCUACUGAUUGAUGACCAAAGGAGAAAGUCAUAUGACAGAGAGCAUCAUGUGAAUCCAAUGAAGGCUUCUCAGGCAUGGAUGGAGUGGGUGAUGAAAAAGCGAAAAGCUUUUGAUCAACGUGGUGACAUGGCAGUAGCUGCUUGGGCUGAGCAACAGCAUCGGGAAAUGACAUUACGUGCUCGCCGUCUCUCACGAUCAAAGAUUGAUCCUGAGGAGGAGAGGAAACUGUUUGCCAAGGAAAAGAAGGCAUCCAUGGAAUUCUACAGCACCACUCUAAAGAGGCAUACCCUUGUCCUGCGGAAGAGGGAUAUUAUGCGCAAGAAGGCAGAGGAAGACAAGAAGAAAGAGAUCAGUAGACUUCUAGCUCUUGAGGGGCUUGAGCUAGAUACAGAUGAAGACGACAACAUAAAUUUCCUAAAGUAACUACGCAAAUGUUCUUUCACAAAUUCCAUCCACCUCUCCCAGCAUAUACUAGAAGGUUUCGCCAAAGUUCCAUUUAGUGAAUAUAUAUUGACGCAAGAAAAAAUGAGCUCAAGGGAAACAUUGGAUCAUAACUGUUGGAAAUCCAGAAUUCUCCCAUGGAGCAGAAAGAUGUGGCCAACGGCGAAAUCCAUCUGGGCCAACUGCUGCAACCUGCAGCCCAGUGAUUCAAUCAAAGUUCUUUAUGCAGAUCCUCUAUUCAUUGUUUCCAGCAGAUGGACUGUAUUGCAAGGGAUAUGACUAUCAGAUAUGUAUACUUGUUACAUGCGAAAUUGUAAUUAUGCUAGGGUAAUUUUGUAACCUUCUUGUUUGUCCGAGCAAAACAAAGUGCAUUCUCUGUGUGGUGCCUCUAGCUCUGACACUUUGUAAAUACUACAGAAAACAUCCAAAGCUAUUGUUUACUGGGCAUGAAUAAUGUUGUUUCAAAUCAUCCA